CCCAAACAAAGGGCCUAAACCUCAAGCCAUUAACAUUCAACACCAUGGCCUUGGGGCUAACCUUAGCUUGUCCUAAGCCAUAGCUGCACCCAGUUUUCUCCUCCAAAUCUCCUAGAUAUUGCUAUUUUAAAACCUUAGGUAGGAUUUAUAGCCGUUUGAUUCCCCAAAAUUUUCAAAUAAAAUCAAAACAGCCAACCCCAUCCAUCUAAUGUAGCUGUUCCGCUAUUUCUUCACCACCAGCACCCCCUCCGAUACUCCUCCACCUCCAUUCACCACCACUAAAAAUGGGUUGCUGCUUUAGCUCCGCCACAGCCACCACAGCCGCUGCUAAAACAGACCCAAAGUGGCAAAAUUCCUCCAAAACCAAAAUCCCUCAUUUCCCCUCUAAACCUCCGGUUUCAGAACCUCGCAAAACCCCAGCAUUGUCGCCUCCUUCCCCUGCAAAAGAAACGGUGAAGGACGUACUGGUACUAUCUGACACACCAUUAGUCCGCAUCAAACAAGAGGAAAACGCCCAAAUGCUCGGUAUCCAAGAAUCCGAAACCGAAUCAAAAGAUUUUAACUCCAUGGAGAAGCGGCGAUUUCAAGUGCAGAAACAAGGAGAAGAGGUCUCUGGUCUCUCUGAAGUAUCGGAGAUAUAUAGCAUGACGGAAACCAUCUCAACGGCAACGACAGCAACGACGGCAGCCACAAAAGAUAUAAACGAAGAUGAAGCGACGAGCAAACAGAGCAUGGAAGCCAGUAAGAGGUCUCCGGCGAAGGUGCCGAGGAAGCGUUCCUACAAUGUGGACCAAGGUGGUGCCCGUGCGAGAAGAUUGGAAUCAAAGCCAUCAUUGGAGAAGAGGGUCCGGGGUCGAGGGUGUGGAUCGGGACAAUCGGGUGAGAUAAGAACUACACAGCGUAGUCUGGGUUCGAGGUCGAAGUCGCCGGUGACUGCGAGGGCCAACGGUGCGGGUGCAGGUAAGGGCGUGGGUACGGCUAAGGGUUCGACGGUCAGGACGAGCCCCGCUAAGGUCACCAGAAAAGCAAGUGCCAAGUCAAUGAGUACAGAGCAGGAUGCUCUGCCUCUGGGGCAGAAGGAGGGCAAAAACGAUAGCGUUUUGGAGGGAAAUGUCUCCCUUGAAAACCCUAAUGUUUCCUUAGAGUGCUUCAUCUUUUUAUGAAAAACUGGUUAUUUUUUGUUUUGUUUUUCCAACUAUUUUACAAAAAAAAAAAAAAAAGGAAAAAGGGUUAUUUUUAUGUUUUAUGAAAUUAUGUUAUCCCUUAGAUUUCAUGUAAAUUGCAAUGUAAAUUAUUAUUAUGAUAUCAAUGAAAUUUAACUCUUUCU